AUGUCCAGUAACUGGUCCACCGUAAGGCUGUCAUCACUGGCUCUGCCCACCAACUAUGUAGCCCCGCCCCCUCCCAACAGCUCCCAGUUCCCUCCUCUCACAGACUGGGAGGCCCCCAGUUUCACCCGGGCCGCUCAGUUCCGUGUCGGCGCCACAUUCGUCCUCUUCCUGUUCGCCGCCUGCAGUAACCUCGCCCUAUUGGCCAGCGUGUGGUGUGGGCGUGGUCGGCGACUGGCGUCUCACCUGCGGCCGCUGAUGUUGAGCCUGGCGUCGGCUGACCUUAUGAUGACGUUCGUGGUGAUGCCUCUGGACGCCGUGUGGAACGUGACGGUGCAGUGGUACGGAGGAGACACGCUCUGUAAGCUGCUCUGCUUCCUGAAGCUGUUCGCCAUGCACGCCUCCGCCUUCAUCCUCGUCGUCAUCAGCCUCGACCGCCAGCACGCCAUCCUGCACCCGCUGGACGCCCUAAACGCACACCGCAGGAACCGACGCAUGCUGCUGCUGGCCUGGAGCCUCAGCCUGCUGCUCGCAUCACCACAG